AUGGGUAUGUUUACCAUCACAGUCACACCCAAGCUCGCAAAAACUCCAACUGGGCAGGGACAGACCCAGUCAAACUACACUACCACUCCAGGACCAACUCAGCCCCAACCCACUAAGGUACCAAACCCCGUUCAGGUGAUUAAUGUUAGGGAUUUUACAGAUAGUGAUCAAUUGGGUACAGAAACUGGGUAUGAAGGGAGGGAAAAUAUGUGGUUGGCCUACAUGAGGUAUACGGCUAGAACACUUCACAGGCAAGAUUGUGUUAUCUGUGGGCAUGCUAGACCCGAACUGGCAACCCACCCAUUUGCCUUAGGAGAAGGGGAGGGAUGGCAGUGUAUACUGGAAGAGUUCUAUCACUCGCUACCAAACACCACCCUGUGUAAGGCACUAAGUUUGAUUUUUCCCGAGGUUCCACCACAGAAGGCACCAGGAGGAGUGAAGGCUUAUGGGGGUAAUUACAGCUGUAUCACUGGGACAGGUAAGGGUGUUAACUAUGGUAGAUUGCCACUUGGUGACUGUGCUGUGAAUGUAACCAUGAACAGCACUUGGCCUGUAGAGGGUAGGAAUCAGACGAAGCGGGUUGCUGAUGUGUGGUGGAUUUGUGGCCCGAAUAGAAGACUGACCCCGAUUCUAAAGGGGGACUGGCAGGGUACGUGUGCUUUAGCCAGUCUAAUUAUUCCACUGACUAUUAUUGAUGUUACCUCAGACCAACUUUUGGGAUCCGCCCAAUUAACUCCAGAGGAUGAGGGUUUAAGGCAGAGGAGGAAGCGUAGUGCCCCAUGGGCUGCGGGGGUAGAAAUCCACCCUAACCUGUUGGGGGUGCCCGUGGGGGUACCAGCAGAAUUCCAGGCUCUUAACAGAAACGAUGGGUUAUGGCACCUUGUGCCCAUCAUAGGUCCAGCAAUAGAUGCUGCUAAACAGCGAUCCUGGAUAAACUAUAUCUACUAUAAUCAACAGAGAUUUGUUAAUUAUACACGUACUGCCCUGACUGGAAUGGCUGAACAACUAGAGGCCACCUCUAGGGUAGCUAGACAGAAUAGAUUGGCACUGGACAUGAUGCUUGCUAAUCAGGGAGGAGUAUGCAAAAUGUUUGGGGAACAAUGCUGUACGUUUAUCCCUAAUAAUACUAGCCCUGACGGGAGCAUCUCUAGAGCCCUUGUUGGCCUGGAUAAGUUAUCCGCAGAGAUGAAGAGCAUGGCUGGAGUGGAGGGUGGUGGGCUGUUCUCCUGGUUGAAUGAUUGGUUUGGUAAGUACUCUGUUAUGGUGGUUACUGGAUUUCUGACCCUAGUAGUUGUGUUUCUAAUAUUAAUGUGCUGUGCUGCCUGUGUAAUUCCUUGUUUGAGAAAGUCUGUUACAGAUGUCGUGCAUAUGGCUGGUAUGAUGCCCCUCCUAGGGGCUCAAGAAGGGGAUGCAGACACUGAGUCUAGCUUUCGGAAGAAACUGGGGUUGACAAAGGAUGACCCUUGGUUUGCUAUUGGUGAGGUGGUGGAGUGACACCCUAGUGGGUGUCUAAAGGGGGAAUCAAAAUUCCCUGUUUGUGUUUUUAUGUUUUAUAAAUCCAUUUUAACUAUUGUGAAUGUUUGUCUUUCCUUAUGUGAAGGUUUGAAGUUCCUGGGUGGCUGGUAGCCAACUUAGUACAAGUUAAGUGUAGAUGGAAGGACUGAAGGCCUUUUUAUUAUCAUUAUUGCCUAUUAAUAAAAGUGUGAUUCUUUUUGUUUGUAUUGUAUUUUAAUGAGUGACACCCUAGUGGGUGUCAAAAGGGGGAAUCCUAAAUUUCCCUGAAAUUUCUUAUUUUGGGUUCACACCCAGCGUGUGUGAAAAGGGGGAUUGUGGGGAUCUAUUUUCUUACAACUAGAUGUGAUGCCUAGCUUAGAAAGAAUACAUUAAUGAUUAAACAUAAUAGGUUUGUGCUGUACUGAUAUAGAUUGUUUAACAUAACAAGCUGUGAUUAAUGUGAGGAACCGUUAGGGUUAGGCUGAAACAGGCUUGUGACUCACACACACAGCCUCUUUGUUAAACCGAUCAAGGACAUGUGUUCUGCUACAAAUUAGGACAAACUAUGUCUGAGGUUGCCGACUCGAUACAAGUUGUAAAGAUAACAACUAAUGCCUGCAACAGUGAAGCGCCAAGGGUCUGGGACCAGCCUGUGCGCCAUCGAUAGGUUGGGUAAUUUUGAACCACACCCAGCCUCUACUCUGACAGGCCCAGCAGGGAGCGGGAACUAUCUCUGUCAGAGUAUUUUAAGAAGAACUUAUAACAAAAGCUCAGUUCUCUGUCUGCCCUGCGUGGUUUUUCAGUGGGCCUGUAUAUACGAACAUCAUAUUUACCAUUCAAGUGUUUGCGUAACUGAAAUAUCCUAACAUCAACACUCAAAAGAACAGACAAUGACUCUUCUGUUUCACCUGUCUGCAUUGCACCAAACCGUGAGCAUAACAAACAGCGGGAAUCAGGCAUAAUGGGACCCAUCUCGUCCAAAAAGUUGACUAAAGUUUGCCAAAAAGCACCUGGAUGAUCAUCAAGACUCUUGGAAGAACGUUCUAUGGACAGAUGAUUCAAAAGUAUAACUUUUUGGACGACAUGGUUCCAGUAAUGCCUGGCGAAAACCAAACUCUGCAUUCCACAGUAAGAACAUCAUACCAAAGGUCAAGCAUGGUGGUGGUGGUGUGGUGGUUUGGGGAUGCUUUGCUGCCUCAGGACCUGGAUGACUUGCCUUAAUAGAAGGAACCAUGAAUUCUGCUCUGUAUCAGAUAAUUCUACAGGAGAAUGUCAGACCAUCCGUCUGUGAGCUGAAGCUGAAGCGCAGCUGGGUCAUGCAGCAAGACAAUGAUCCAAAACACACAAUCAAGUCUACAUGAAAAUUGCUAAAAAGCAUCAAAUUGGAAGUUUUGGAAUGGCCUAUCCCAAUUGAGAUGUUGUGGCAGGACUUGAAACGAGCAGUUCAUGCUUGAAAACCCACACGUCACUGAGUUAAAGCAGUUCUGCAUGGAAGAGUGGGCCAAAAUUCCUCCAGAGCGACGUGAGAGACUGAUCAACAACCACAGGAAGCAUUUGGUUGGAGUCAUUGCAGCUAAAGGUGGCACAACCAGUUAUUGAGUGUAAGGGGGCAAUUACUUUUUCACACAGGGGAAUUGGGUGUUGCAUAACUUUGUUUAUGAAAUAAAUAUGUAAUUGUUGUGUUAUUUGUUCACUUAUGUUCCCUUUAUCUAAUAUUAGGUUUUGGUUGAAGAUCUGAUAACAUUCAGUAUCACAAAUAUGCAAAAGUAGAGAAAAUUAGAAAGGGGGCAAAUACUUUUUCAUAGCACUGUACAUCUCGUUCUUGCCCUCUCAAGGGACAGCAUCUUUUUCCCAUGAACACCCAACAUGUGCAACUCUCUUAUCCACACAAUUUCUUGCUAGCUGAUCACUCCAUUCCUUGUGCCAUCCAUUCUGAUUCUUCAAAACGCACUCUCACAUGAUGUCAGUGUCAACAGAAAAUUGUGGGCACGUUCCAGGUUGUCUUUAUUUCAAGCACAUUUCGCAUAUGUUACAAAGUCGGGGGAAUUUAUCCAAAACCAGCCAACCACACCAAUAAUAUGGCUUGAGAUCUUCAGAUGAGGCCUUCAUUCCUGGAAUAAAUAAGUGUACCAAUGCAUCAUCACAGUUUCAAACGUGGGGAAAAACACAUAAUGGGAGUUGACCAUUGGUCUGAAAACCAAACAUUUAUGUUCAUGGGACAGAGCAACAAUGCAUUACACCCAAAAGUUAGAAAAUAACAUUUGUUUAACUGUGCAACCAUUGAAAAUAAGGUUGCAUGAUGAUACAUGAGGGUUCAAUAUUAUACGCAUUUGUAAGUGCAUUUAUAAAUGGUUAAUAGCUGGAGGUAAAUAGUGGCUCACUAUUUUCAAGCACUGACUGGCUAUCACACUAUUUUGAUUAAUUUGUUAUAACCCAUUUAUUAAUGCUUUAUAAUGCAUUUACACAUGAUUAAAUAACCGUUAAUAACAUAAUUACAAACCGUUUAUACACCCUUUACAAAUGGAACCUUAUUGUAAAGUGUUAACAUUGUGGGCACAGUUUUGAAAAAGUACAAAGGCAGGACAUUUAUCAAACAUUCUGCAAAUGUAUUUAAGCAUUUGACCAAAAAAUGCAUGUAAGCGAUUGAGAAAAACUGUAAUAUAGCUUUGAUAUGAAUACAGUGCCACCCAGCAUUGUUAUCUGAGGAGAACGUCUAGUAGGCUACAGCAAUGCGCUCAGAAUAUAGGAAAAAUACAUGGCACUGUUGAUUUAAUAGGUUAGGUAGAUAAAGGAGAUGUGAGUCCCCACCUGUGUGGACAUCCACCUGUCUUGAAGUAGGGUAAACUAUUGCAAAUGCCCAUUGGUGUGUCCAUUGGCAUAUUUAUUAUGUUCUCAUUCACAUGAAUAUCGUAGGCUAAGGCUAGAUUCUGAUUUCUAGAGGAAGCAUUGACGGAGACAAUCAUUAUUGAUUUAUUUUAGCCUACAAAGAGAUGUGGAGUUCCAGAGGAAUAUUUACUGUGCAGGACAAAACAAAACAAACAUGACAUAAACUUGAAAGCAUGUCAGUGUUUACCAUGGUCUACCAUGAGGAGCUCUACUUCUGCCCUUAUGUAGCCAUAGCUCCUCCUACAGAGACAAACCAAAGAUAGUUAACCCCAUCAAACAACGGAGUCAAAAUGACAAAUAACAUCAUAUGGUACCAUUAAUCAAAGUAGGCCUAAAAAAAGUAUCAACUUAAUUGUACUCUAUAGGGUGCUGUGAAACCGUGCAUAAAAGUCUGACUGAAGAAACAAAAAACAUUGUGUGGACUGACAUAUAGGCCUACAAGUGGCUGUGGUUAAUUGGUGGUUAAUUGGUGGUUGUCCUUUCCAAGUAGAAGUCAUGAGUAUGACAUCACCACAUCUCAGUCUGGCGCCAGACACUGACCCAUCUGACCUUCUGACCAGAGAAGGCCCUCGCCCUUUGACAGAGCCAGUCAACCAAAUGCCAGAGUAUCAAGACUAUUGUCCUUAAUGGCUGAUCCUGCCUACAGAAGAAAUUGGAGGAAGUGAGUGUGUUUCCUGGCAGUGUGUGCCCCCCCCCCCACGCCUUGCUCAAACACACCUACAAAGCCCCCUUUUCUUCUGGUUUUCUGAAGGAUGGAGGGAGAAAGGAGAAGGGACAGGACCCAUCAUUCAUCCUCCUUCAGGGUCCAGAGGGGAUUGACACUUGGGGCCUGCCUGUGGUUUCUCCAGCUGGGUAAUGAUUGUGGGGCUGCUUUGAAGGCAGGCAGAUGA